CAACCUGAGUUCAAUUCCGGCCACUGUCUGUAAGGAGUUUGUAUGUUCUCCCCGUGUCUGCGUGGGUUUCCUCCGGGUACUCUGGUUUCUCCCACGUUCCAAAGACGGUAUGGGUUAGGGAGUUGUGGGCAUGCUAUGUUGGCACCGGAAGCGUGGCGACACUUGCGGGCUGCCCUCAGAAUAUUCCAUGCAAAAAAGAUGCAUUUCACUGUGUGUUUCGAUGUACAUGUGACUAACAAAGAAAUUUUAUAAAAAUUGUGUUUUUUAAAUUCAUUAUUCCAAUAACUCAUCCGCUAUGGCCAAAACUAUUAUAAAAUUGGCUACAGUAUAAAAAUAAAGAAAGGGGCGUUGAUGAGCAUGUGUGAGAGAGAACAUGUUGCAGGGAGUACGGAAGAAGGAGAGGGCGAAUAGGGUCGAUGAGCUCGAUGUCCUCCUCCUGCGUGACAUUAUUUUUGGCGACCCACAGUUAGGCAUUGAGUUUCAAAGUAUGAUUUUGGAGAUUGAAUCGCCCAGUCUCCAACAACAAACUAAACAUUGCAGUUUCAAAACCUCCGUAACCGAAGCAAGUUAGGAAAUGCGAAGCCAGCGCUGAGCGCAGGUCGGUUUUAAAUUUCGCGGGCUGCUCCCGCGCCGCGAGCCGCUGCUCAGCGACCGGCUGGUUGUUAUUCUACCAGCCAAUCAAAAACCGAGAAGCCGAAGACUGCCGACCAAUCGGAGAGGAGCUGCGGAAGAACGCCUGGUUUCAAAGCUUGGUCCGUGGGUUCGGGACCCGGGGACGGGCGCAGUCUUGCUGUUGGUGUCUGGAGCGGCGACUUUAAUGCCCACGCCUGUGCACUCGCUGGGGUGGGGAAAAAAUGCCGUCUCGCCUGGAAGAUUACGAGCUGAUGGAGAGCAUUGGCUCCGGCUCCUACGGCAGAUGCCAGAAGAUCAGGAGGAAGUCGGACGGUAAGGUCCUAGUUUGGAAAGAGAUGGAUUACGGAUCAAUGUCUGAGGCAGAGAAACAGAUGCUAGUAUCGGAAGUGAACUUGCUUCGUGAGCUUAAGCAUCCAAACAUUGUUCGAUAUUAUGACCGUAUUAUUGACAGAACAAAUACAACAUUGUACAUUGUAAUGGAGUUCUGUGAAGGAGGAGACCUGGCCAGUCUGAUUAGCAAGUGCAUACGGGAAAGGCGUUAUUUAGAAGAAAAUUUUGCCUUGCGUGUGCUUGCUCAGAUAGCUCUGGCCUUGCGAGAAUGUCACAGACGCUCAGAAAGUGGUCGCACAGUGCUACAUCGAGAUCUCAAACCCGCCAAUGUCUUUCUUGACUUACACCAUAAUGUCAAACUAGGUGAUUUUGGUUUGGCUAGGAUUUUGCAACAUGACACUAGUUUUGCCAAAACGUUUGUUGGCACGCCAUAUUAUAUGUCUCCAGAACAAUUUAAUCAUAUGUCCUACAAUGAGAAAUCUGACAUAUGGUCUUUGGGAUGUUUGCUGUAUGAACUUUGUGCACUUACCCCACCUUUCACUGCAUUUAAUCAAAAGGAAUUAGCAGAGAAAAUAAGGGAAGGCAAGUUUAGAAGAAUCCCAUUUCGCUAUUCAGAUGAACUCAAUGAUCUCCUUGGCAGAAUGCUAAAUCUUAAGGAUUAUUUGAGGCCUUCUGUGGAUGAACUAAUGCAGCAUUUCUUAAUUGCAAAUUUGGUGGCUGAAGAACAGCGCAAAAUUUCAGCUGAAAGGAGAGGGAGUAAAUCUCUGGAGAAUGAUCACUUCCAGGACAGUAACCCACUGAUGGCUGAGUUGAAACUUAAAGAGGAUCAGCUCCACAACAGGGAGAAGGCCUUGAAAGAAAGAGAAGAGCUUCUUGAACAACGUGAACGAGAGCUUUGCAUCCGAGAGAGACUGGUAGAGGAAAAAUUUUCUAGAGCAGAGAGCUUAAUAAAGAACUACGCCUUCAUGAAGCAACAGCAAAAAUUGAAGAUACCUGUUGGUAGAUUAGAUGAUUACAUGGACAUAGAAUCCUCUCCAGGGAAGAAGAAAGUUCAUUUUGCAGGAGAAAGUAAAGAGAACAUUCACUUUAAGGAAACUGAUGCAACAAAACAACUUCUGAAUAAACCAAAGAACUUGGAUCUGAAGAAAAGAUUGCAAGCUGCCAACCUCCGAGCCAGAGCAUUAUGUGAAAUGGAAAAAAAUUACCAGCUAAAAAGCAGACAACUUUUGGGGAUGCGCUAACUCAUUUUUAUCAUUGACAAUUAAAAAAGAAAUUAGAUUCUUUAAAGCUGUCAAGUCCAUGAUGAGCCUAACUAUCUUUUAGAUUAUGAAGGUGAACUGCACACUUCUGAUAAAUGGACAUUUAGGCUUUUAGUCCUACACUCAAAAAUGAAAAUAAACAUCUUGCUAUCAGUGCAAGAAAGAUCGACCAUUUGCUUUAUCCAGCACCAUGGUUCGCCUUGCCUUGUGACAUGCUCGUUUCCCUCUGAUUUCCCCACUAUACAAUUAUUCUGCACACUUUUGGAACUUUGCUUUUGAACCUCUUGUAGCAUAAACCACCAGCUAUGGUGUGAGAUGGUUAUCACAUGUUAUUUCCUUUAAGUAUUUGCACUAGCAUUGCUGUUACUUUUUUAUGAGAUCAGAUUAGUUGUAAAUUAUUUUCAGAAAGUUUAGUUGGGAGCAAGUAGUUUUGUUUUUACCUUGUAUAUCUUUGUAAGGAUUAAUUUUCCUUCUAUGUAUAAACUGUUUGAUUUCCAAAUUGCACAGUUUGUGUUCCUAUAUUGAAACAUUGGUAUCUAUAAUCUAAGACAGUAGUUCAACUUUGGGGCAGGAAGCUAAUAUGUAAUCAACUCCUUUCUAGUGAAAAUAUUUGGUCUGGGUGUGUAACACACAGCACAUUUAAUAUGACCACUUUUAUUUACCCAACAAAGUUAAGUUGUGCACUUUUUUGGUAAUGAUAAGCUGGUAACUGUUUUUCCUUUCAUUGCUACAACAGCUUAAACUUCUAAGAACAGAGGCAGGAGUAGUCCAAGCCUGUUCUUCCAUUUAAUAAAAUUAUGGUUGACCCAAUAUUGUCCUCAACAUCACUUCCCCACAUUCUAACUUCAUGCCCAUUGACUCCCUGGUGUCUGUCAGUAUCCUUUUGGGAUAUAUUCAAUGAUUCUCCCUCCACAGCUCUCAGAGGAAGUUAAUUCCAAAGAAUUGCAACAAGCUGAGAGAAGAAAACUCCAUCUUGUCUCCAUUUGAAAUGGUUGACAUUUCCCCUACUUCUAGCUACUCAACAAUAGAAAACAUUCUCUCAGCAUCCACCCAGUAAACCUCCCCUUGAAUCUAGCAUGUUAUAAUACGAUCAGCUUUUUUUCCCCUUAUCCAAUGAGUAUAGGCUGAGUCUUUCUUCCUUUAUCAACCUCUUUGUCUCAGGGAUCAAUGUAAACCUCUGCAUUGUUUUCAAUGCAAAUGCAUCCUUUCUUAAAUAUGAAGAUCAAAAUUCCUGGUACAUUCUCACCAGUGAUCUACACUGUGGCAUCAAACUUCCUUUUAUACUCCAUAUCCUUUGCAAUAAAGGCCAACAUUCCAUUAGCCUUUGCAAUCACUUGCUAUACCUGCACACUUAAAUUUUUACAUGAAUGAUAAAAUUCCUUUGUACUGCAACAUUAUAUAGUCUCACCCUACUUAGUUUUUUUUAUUCUUCAAAAAUGGAUGACCUUAUUUCUAUUUAAAUAGUUUGUACAAGACCACAAUUGGUGUUUUUAAUCCAACCAUGUUUAAAUCAAGUUCUAUACAUACAAGAAAUUGAUUUUAAUCUUCAACUUUUUCCCACAUUUCAAACAAAAGUGCCAUUAUGUUGCAUAUGGCAUUCUUAUUGUUGAAGCUAUCUAAUUCAUGCUUGUAUUUCUUGUUUGUUCUGCUUGAAUUGCAUGUUCUUGUGGUUUUUAAAAUUUUAUUUGAUCAAUCUUCACUUCUCCAAGCUUUAUUGUUAUCAGAAAAUGUACAUAUGAAAGUUAUUUUGAGGUUUUCCUGCACAUUUGCAGACACAAAUUUAGAUCUCUGAAGAAAAGUAAUUAUUUUAUUCGUGUUUCUUUAUUGAUUACAAUUAUUUUGUCGAUGCCCAAGGAAAAAAGAUGUUUAAAAUUUUUAUAAACUAUGCAGAGUUC